AGCGUCCGGCGCGGGGGGAGUGGCAUCCCCCAGUUCGCGGGGGCGGGGAGGGAGGAUCUCCUCCAUGGGGUUGGAAUAUGGUCGCUGAGGGCGGCAGCAGCGGGCUGCAUUGGGUGGUGUGAAUGUGGCGGAGUGAAGACAGACACACGACGGAAGAAGUGUGUGCGGCAGAGUGAAGACAGAUACACGACGAAAAAAGUGUGCGCGGCGCUCCUCUCCGGAGCGCCUUCAGAAAGGUUUAUGUCCCCCACCCCGCAUAGCGAAGUGGUACUGCCCUUCCCUAUAAAGCCCGUGGGACCAGGAUGACUGUGGGUGCGAUGUCCGAGGCGGUAGCGAAGAAGAGCCCGGAGCAGGAUGGUGAGGGCGGCUCCAGGAGGAGCAGCUGGGGGCUGCUGGUCACGGCUGGGGUCGGUGGGACUCUGGUGGCCCUCUAUGCUGUGGUCACCCCCUUUGUGACCCCAGCCCUGAGGAAGGUGUGCCUGCCCUUUGUUCCUGCAACUGCCACUCAGGUCCAGAAUGUGCUGAAAAUGUUGGAAAAUAGAAGUGGCCCCCUAGUUGACAUUGGUAGCGGGGAUGGCCGCAUUGUAAGUUAUGGACAUUGCCUUCCUUUCAUACCGUGUCUCAAAAAGGUGAUAGCAGCUGCAAAAAAGGGAUUCAAAGCUGUUGGUUAUGAAUUAAAUCCCUGGCUAGUUUGGUACUCCAGAUACAGAGCUUGGAGAGAUGGAGUACAUCAGAAUACCAAAUUUUAUAUUUCAGACUUAUGGAAGGUUUCUUUUUCCCAUUAUACAAAUAUUGUUGUUUUUGGCGUACCUCAGAUGAUGCCACAGUUGGAGAAGAAGCUGGAAGAAGAACUUGAAUGUAAUGCCAGAAUCAUUGCCUGUCGCUUUCCUUUCCCCUGCUGGAUUCCAGAUCAUACUACUGGAGAGGGAAUAGACACUGUGUGGGCUUAUGAUUUGAAACGUUAUAGAAGAUGUGAAACAAAAAACUUGGAAAUUACACCAGAGAGAGAAUCCUAAACAACUAAUUUGUUUUUUAUACUGAAAUUUUUAACUUUGACUUUACCUGCUGAAGAUAAGAUAGAGCCCCAGCAUAUGGAGAUAUAUAUAUUCACUUAAAGAACUGAAGUGCACUGAUUAUCUGAAAGCAAACAAAGGUUACUGAAAGAUGUAGUUAAAUGGCUUAAUGCAGUGUCCUGGUUUAACUCCAUCUGGCAAUGAAGUACCACACAGGUGUUUGCCCCAGUUCUCACACUCCCCCCAUGUCAUGGGAAGGAAAAUUGGAGAAAAGAUUAUACCCAUGGGUUGAGAUAAGAAUAGUUUAAUAAUUGAAGUAAAUUUAAUAAUAUUAAAAAUUGCAAUGAAAAGAGAGACAGAAAAAGACAGAAGUAAAACCCAAGAAAGAUGAGUGAUCCACAAUACCGUUAUUCACCCCUCAUUGACUGAUGCCCAUCCCAUUCCAGAGCAGUAACUGGCCCUUCCUUGCCAACUCCCCCCAGUUUAUAUACUGGGCAUGAUGGCAUGGAAUAUCCCUUUGGCUAGUUUGGAUUGGCUAUUCUGGCCAUGCACCCUCCCAGCUUCUUGAAUGCCUUCUUGUUGUCAGGGCAUGGGAAACUGAAAAGUCCUUGGCUUGGGGCAGAUGCUGCUCAUCAUCAACUAAAACACCAAUGUUACCAGCGUUAUUUUCAUCCUAAAUUCUAAACACAGCAUUCCACCAGCUACUAGGAAGAAAAUUAACUCUAUCCCAGAUGAAACAUGACAUGUAGCUAGUAAAAAUUAUGAGAAAGUUUUAUAGAAGUGGAAAGCUUUAAUAUGGAAAACGGGAUAAAAACCACAGACCACUACUGUUAGGGGGAAUUUCUAUGUGAAUAAAAUGCUCAAAUUGGUGAACUUAAUAUAUUUAUUCUUUCUGAUGCUACAUAGCAUUUGGUGUUGGUGUUGGAAGCAGUGUGAAAGUGGCUUCUCAAAUGAGCUGUAGUUCCCAAAUGUCUUCAUUAUGUAUGGCAAGUAGGCAUAAUACUGCAUACACAAAACUGAUCCAGGUAGACUAUGAUGGUGAUACCACUUGUUCACACCUGAGCCUUGAAUGUGUACCUUUAAUAGUUGAGUAUGAUAAAAGAAGCAAAUAUAAUAAGUUGUUUAUUCAUUGACAUAAGUACAGCCUCUCAUUAUAUUACUGAAUUUUAAUUUCACUUGUUAUGUGAAAACAAACUGCAGAAGUAUGCUCUUACUGAACUCUUAAUGGUAUAAGCCUUUGCAGAUGACCAUAAUUUUUCCUAACCCCUCUGCUUCAGGAAGGGAUUUCAGAAGUCAUUUACUUGUCAGUGAAGUGUCAACAUUUCUGUGUGCUCGAAAUUUGGAUAAAGGUAUGGAUGAGAGUUGCUUACUUGAAUGUUUGAAGGCUGUCUAUGAUUCCAGAGCUAGUUGUUCCGGCUAGCUUGGCUAAAUCUGAUUGAACAUCAUUUAAUUUAUGAUGGGAGAUGAGACGGAAGGUUUUCAAUCAGACUUCUUUUCCCUUCUACUUUUCUAUACCAUCUGAUGAGAUCUCAGAAACCCAUGGUAUCGCUGCAUGGCUUUUCCUUCUAAGUGAAGCAAGUUCUCCGUGUCCUUUUGUCAAUGCUGGUUUGCAGUGGGGCACUGUCACUGCACUGGCAUUUUUCUUUUCUACCAUGGUUACAGCACUUUUCUGUUUUAUAAAACAGAAAUGUUUUAUAAAACAUUAUCUGCUUACUUGUUCUUUUUUCUGGUUCUCAAGUAAAGUUUUACUGUUUUCACCCAGUAACAGUUGGUCAAAGUCUCUCUUGGCCCCAGUUAACAUAUAGCCUGUUCGUUAAGCAGUGACUAUGUAAGUUUGUCAGACCUUUGCAUAUAUGAUACCCAUAGAAUGAAGUUAAAACAAGCUAGGCAAUUGUCACCUGACUUCAAGGCAGUCGUUAUCACAACUAAAAUUAUCUCAGGCCAAGAGAAGUGCUGAGACUGUAUAAUUUCAGGUAAAUACAAAGUCUGUGACAUUUUAUUAUGUGUCAGGAGAGCAAAUUUGCUGGACAAUAGUAUCUGGCUUGAAGAGAAGUUGUGUGCUAUUUGGGAUGCAUAGCCUACAAUGAUACCAAUACUCAGGCUUUUUGGUUUUGGUUGAGGGGAGAGGAAGGGGAAUUUAAAAUUCAAAUCUACACUGAGGAUUUGAAAUGGAGCAGUGGCAUGGUUUUGUCCUGAUAAGGUAUACAAAACGGAAAAAAAGGGACAAAUGUAUCUGGAGUCUGCAAAGGAGAGGUAAUUUCAACCUCGCAUGUCAAGGCACAACUGUAAAUGUGGGGACUGUGUACUGAAGUACGUUGGUUUCUGGUAAGCAGGCUUUCACAGCCUUUCACUGCGAUGUUACAUAAAGCAUCUUGUAAAACUACA